CCCGCCCCCUUCCUGAGCCUCGCCGGCCACCGUCGCCGCCUCUCGCUCCCGCCAAGAUUCAAACGGAGGCAGCUGUGCAGGGACUGGGCGGCGUCCGGCUCUCCCAGAAUAAUUCUGAGCCAUGGAUGCGGAAACUGCUUUCAAGACCCCUAGCAAGCCACCUGUGGGAAAGAGAUCAGGGCAGGGUAGCUCUUCACCCUCAAUAGCUAUUCCGGCCUCUCCCUUCAUGCAGAAGCUUGGCUAUGGAACUGGAGUCAAUGUUUAUCUUAUGAAAAGGUCUCUCAAAGGUAUCUCUUGCUCUCCCUGGGCUGUGAAGAAAAUCAAUCUCAAAUGUGACGCCAGCCGGAGAACUACAUAUCAACAAAGGCUGAAUGAAGAAGCCAAGAUUCUAAAAACCCUUCAGCACCCAAACAUUGUGGGCUACCGUGCGUUUGCCGAAGCUAAAGAUGGGAGCAUGUGCCUUGCCAUGGAAUACGGGGGAGAAAAGUCUCUCAAUGACCUAAUUGAAGAAAGGAACACGAAACAUCUGGGGCCCUUUCCAGCUGCCACCAUCCUGAAAGUUGCCUUGCACAUGGCAAGGGGCCUGAAGUAUCUACACAACGACAAGAACUUGCUUCACGGUGACAUCAAAUCUUCCAAUGUUGUCAUUAAAGGUGACUUUGAGUCAAUAAAGAUCUGCGACGUGGGCGUUUCGCUGCCUCUGGAUGAGAAUAUGAUGGUGAGUGACCCAGAAGCCCAUUAUAUUGGCACGGAGCCCUGGAAGCCCAAGGAAGCGCUCGAGGGAGAUGGCCCCAUCACUGACAAGGCUGACAUCUUUGCAUUUGGGCUUACACUCUGGGAAAUGAUGACUCUCUCGAUACCUCAUCUUAACCUGGAGGAAGAAGAUGAAGAGUCUUCUUUUGAUGAAGAUGACUUUGAUGAAGACGCUUAUUACGCUGCCCUUGGGACUCGGCCACCACUCAACAUGGAAGAGCUGGAUCCUUCCUAUCAAAAGGUCAUUGAGCUGUUUUCUCUCUGCACUAUGGAGGAGCCGGAAAAGCGCCCUGCAGCUGCACAUAUUGUGGAUGUUUUGGAGGCGGAAGGAUCCAUACAAUAAGUGCCACCUUCUACAACCCUGCACUACUAUGGCAGCUUCAUUUUCUUUUAUUGCUUUCUGUGUAGUGUUCAUACAUGGGGAUAUGGACUUUUAGUUUCCCAUAGUUUUAUAUUAGAACGGGGGGCUUUUAACAAGGUUUCAUUUCAAGCUAUUUAGACGCUGACUCUAAAUAUUCCGUAUUCCACAAAGUUGUGUCUUAAGUGACACACACACACACACACCGCACCCUUAGCUGAUAGCUGAUGCCUAGCAGCCCUGUAGUUAGUUUUUCAGUAUUGUAAAUAUAAAGCAACUUGUUCAGGUCUUUCAGUUCCCUUCCCUGCUCCUCCUCUUGUUCUGGUUGUGUUUGCGUUGUUCAUUUUGAUCUUGACUUGUACUUUUGUCUUAUGAGUAAAUAUCAGAACAUUUGUGGCUGUUGAAAUAAAACCGUUCAAACUUGUCA